UUGGUGCGCUUAAAAGGCAGCUUGUUGCGAGAUGCUCAACUACAUUAAGGAAACCAUAAUGGCGCCGUCCACACGUGGUAAAUGCAACCAAAACUCAAAUUCCAAGGAAUUGGACAAGGAUCGAGAUAAGGACAAAAGCCCGGAACAACCAUCUCCUGCCAAGAUGAAGGGCUACAAAAUAACUGACAAUGAACGCUCGCGAAAAUACGGCAUAGGUGCCAACUCAUUGGCAAUGCUUGUGCAGAAGGCACAGCUCAAGUUCCCGCUUCAGGAGCUGCACAUAUAUCUGGCCCUCGACGGCUUCGAAGUGUCCGAUGAUGAGUAUUUUAACAGUUUGCCAGCCCAGACGCUGUUAAUCGUUGCUGGCCCCGACGCUGUUAUCACCACAGAUGCGGAUUUUGAGUUUGAGAAAAUGCGUCAACAGUCGCCGCUGCUGAAGGUGGCCGACAUUUUUUACGACUUCAUUGAGCAGCAUCCGGACAAGUUUCGACGCAUGAUUAUGGAAUACGAACAGCAGAAGCAGCAACGUGCCUUGGACAACACCAAGGCACACUUAAGCCUGAAGGCCGAACAUAUGGAAUGGUUCGAGGGCAGCGAGGAGCGCUUCCAAUCCAAGGAGGAGGCCAUGGCCAUGCGGGCGCAGACACGUGUGCGCGGCUACUACUACAAGACAAAGGAGGAGCUGACGCGCACUCCGCUGUACAGGCAGAAUUCGAAGGCGCGUCAGGUGAUCAAUUCGGUGCUGGAGCAGUUUCGCUAUCUACUCAUCGGCUGCGAUUAUUUCUCCAUGAUGUUCAAUCGCAAGUGCCAGCAAAAGCAUGAAAUAUUGCUACAGCAAAUAGGUGAGGAGCAGCCAGAUGCGGUGAGUGUACCCAACAAGCGGUUGCGGCAAGUGAUUAAGGAUUACACUGUCCGAAAUGCAAUACUGGACGAAUGGUCCGUUUCGUUGUGCACGGAUCUGGGCGACUUCUAUUGCCAGGGCGCCUACUCGGACAAUGGCAAUUUCUGCUCGAUGCAGCACACCAUAAAUCCGUAUGCCUCGCGUGAGAAUCUCAUAUUGUUUCAAGUGUGGAAUCUUGACCAUCAAAUCGAGCUGUGUCGCUCAAUUUUGCCGGCCUUGGUGGACAAUGUCCAGGAGCUGGUAACACAACCGCAGCGCAAGUGUGCGUUGCACAAGAAACGCGUUGUAGACAUCUCUGUGCUGGAAUACUUUCUGGAAAUAUUCUCGCUAAAGAAUCUCAAGUUGGUUCACAUUGUAUGCCAUGAAAAGGUGCAGCGUGUCAAUCGCUCCAAUGGUCGUCUCUUAUGCGCCGAUUGCCACGAGUAUCGCAUAGUGCAGGAGCUGAUGGAUCUGCAGACGGCGCACACAACUUCCUAGAGAAUUAAGUGUUAGGCAAAUACACUAAAGCAAUAUAUUAUACAAUAAAUACAUAUACUAUUGUCUUGUAUACAUU